AUUGUUUGCGUCCUACGUAGUAAGAGGAGCGUCACUACGUACUUAAAACACUCGGGGGCUCUGCGGCUACCACGCAAACAUCGCUACUCAAAGAUUAACAAGCAGCAUUUAAACCAAGAGGAACGAAACAAGAAAUAUAUAUUUUUGUAUCAGUGUGCUUGUAAAAAAUAUAUAUUUAUAUAUAUUUCACCUUCAGAACAUCUGUGCUACUAAAAGAGCUGGAUUUGGAUUUGAAUCAUCUUUUUGGAUUGUCAGUUGUACAUCCCAGUAAUCUAACAUGGAGUUUCCUGAUUUGGGAGAGCACUGCUCUGAAAAAACAUGCAAACGCCUUGAUUUCCUUCCCAUGAGAUGCGACGCCUGUCAAGAGAUUUUCUGCAAAGAUCACAUAACCUAUGCAAACCACAAAUGUACAUCUGCUUACAAAAAGGAUGUGCAGGUCCCAGUUUGCCCAUUAUGUAACACCCCCAUCCCAGUUAAAAGAGGAGAGAUGCCUGACAUUACAGUCGGUGACCACAUCGAUCGGGACUGUAAGUCAGACCCAGCACAAAGAAAGAGAAAGAUUUUUACAAAUAAAUGUUCUAAAGGAGGGUGUAAGCAGAAAGAAAUGAUUCGAGUGACAUGUGACCAGUGUCAUUUAAAUUACUGUCUUAAACAUCGACAUCCACUAGAUCAUGAUUGUAAGACUGAUGGAAAGCCACUGUCCAAAUCCGGACAUGCUGCUGUGACGAGAGCCCAAGGUGCUUCAUCUUCUGCUUCUGGCAACCCCAGACCUGUUUCCAACGGCGUGAGCACAAACAUUAGAGCUCAAAAUCCUGCCCCUCCCCAGCGCAUUCCUACUUCUGUUUCAGCACAGAAUGUGAUACCACCCUCGGCAUCCUUUCAGGCCGGCCUGUCAGAGGAGCAAGCUUUACAAAGGGCUCUGGAGUUGUCUUUGGCUGAUUCGAGGCAGGCGGUGCAGCCGACGCUGAGUCCUCAGGAGCAGGAGGAUCUGGCUCUCGCUCAGGCUCUCGCUGCCAGUGAAGAAGAAUUCAGACGCCAGCAGCAGAGACAACAGGUACCCGGCAAGCUUAGGCAUCAGUAGGAUGCUGAUGAGAGCAAAUGGUAGAGACUCCAAACAAUCCACCUGCAGCCUUUCUUAGUCUCAGAGCACCAGUUAGACUUUGAUCUGCGCUACUUAUUUCCGAGAAACUGCUCGAGCAAGGUGCUAAAAGCAAGAUCUGCUAUUGUUCCAUGAAGAAAUACUCGGCUGCUAGCUGCUGAAUUCUGACCGCCUUCGACACAUAAGCACACACACUUUCCAGCUGGAUCUGUCAUUUUUAUCAGUGAUUUGCCUGUAAAUAUUUUAUAUGCCAAUCAUUAUUAAUGCAUUCUAUUGCCAGAUAUUAAAUAAAUUAUAGAUGCAAUUACA